CCCGGAAGCGGAAGCGCGGCGUACUUCCGGUGCGCAGCGGGCGGCCAUGUUGGAGCAGCGGAGGCGGCGCAGAGGUGCGUCUUGGGUCCUUGCGGCGGCGCCGGUGCCAAGCCCUGGUUUGUGGAUACCCAGGCAGAUCUGCAGUGCCUAAUGCCAUGAGCGUGGUGGUGCAGCAUGUGGAGGAGAAAGCUGUGCACUCCUGGUCGCGGAUCUCCACGGCAGGGAAGAAGGCCCUGGAGGAGGCGCUGCUUGUCUUUAACCCUAUGAGCCAGGAUCUCAGUGCCACUGAGGCCCAGCUUGUGGCCUUCCUGCAGGGCCUGCGGGAUGAUGGCUUCCAACCUACCAUCCUGCGGAGCGGUGAUGUCUAUGGCUAUAGUUCAUGCACAGCCAACCCCCCAAGCCAGACAAAGCUGCAAGCUCGUGCCCCCAUGCCAGCUGCCACAUCACCUCCAGCCAGUGCUCCCCGAACUCCCAUGCAGCUUUCUGCAGGCCAGGCCACACUGCUUCCCAUGCCACUGUCUGGCAGGCUGGCCAAAGCGUCCACACCACCUCUCACCAAGCAUGCCACCACCAACCUGCUACUGAACUCCCUGAAGCAGUCAAGUGCCAGCCAUGCCCAGGGUGCAGCAGUGGGCUUUCCCACCCACCUCUAUCCAGGUGUCUACCCUGCCAUGCGGCUGUCCGUUGUACUUGAGGCCCUGGUUCCACUCAAGACUCCCAUACCCUGCUUGAGUGCCAAGCACAAGGCACAGUCAGUGCAGCUCUCACUUGCAGACUCUCCCCUGAAGCUGCGGAGAGGUCCAGGGAAGAGCCCGGGGAAUUCCCAGCCCAAAGUUCCCAGAAAAGCCACAAGCAAGGGCCCCAAGGGUCUGACUCAAAGAGGCUCCAGGGCUGGACCCCGACAAGGCAAUGGGCCCCAGAACAAGACCUACAAAGCCACUGGGUCCCUCAGCAGCCCACGAAUGAAAGGUGGCUGUUCACUGGGCACCAAAAUAGCCCAGGCCAAAGCUGCCCGUGCUCAGGCCAAGGUGGCUAGAACACAGGCCAAAGUUGCCAAGGCGCGGGCAAAAGCCAAGGCAGCACAGAUCAAGGCUAAAGCCAAGGCAGCUCGGGCCAGGGCCAAGGCCAAGGCCAAGGCAGUGCAGGCCAAGGCCAAGGCCAAGGCAGCACGGGCCAGGGCCAGGGCCAAGUCCAAGGCAGUGCGGGCCAAUGCCAAGGCAGUGCAGGCCAAGGCCAAGGUGGCUCGGAUCCAGCCCAGGGGCAGGGGCAGGCCAAAAAGGUCUGUUCAGGCCAGGACUGCAAGGAAGGGCCAGAAAAGAUGCCCCGAGACUGUGGGGCAGAAGAGGAAAAGGGCUGAUGAGGAAAAGGAUCUUCCUCCCCGGAAGAGAACACGUCUUGGGCCCCAAUCCCCUAAGAUGUGGUUAGGACGUGGAACAGCAAAGCUCCUGAGAUUCCAGGCCAUCAAGGUGGACAGGAGGUCCUCAGAUGAUGAGGUGCGGCAGCAGGCUCAGCAGAUCCUCCAUGUGAACCUUUCUCCUAUAAUACAGCUCCAGCCAUUGCUGCCAUAAUUGGCACCCUGAUGACAGUGUUCGGGGAGACUGAGUCCACUUGUCUGUGUGGUCAUUGUCACAGAGUGCAAUGCCCAUGGAUUCCAUAACCCCAAGGACUCUGGGGUGCCUCUCCAGUCCCUGAGAGCCACUGGCGUCCUGAAGGACAUGGGUGGGGUGGGCAGGUGGGAGGGGUGGUCUCAUGGUGCAAUGCACUGGGACUUGUUACUCUUCGAAUUGUAUGUCCACUGUUCCAUCUAUCACGUUUUAUACCUUUCCACCUUCUAGUCUUCCUGCCCACCCUCCAAGGUCUUUGUGUGUGUGACUGCAAGUAGAUGGGUUUGAGCAUAUAAGAAAAGCAGCCCCAGGAACAGAGAUGUCAGAGAUGGUGCUGCGGGCAGGUCAUGAUGUGAUUGAAAGAGCAGCUUCCAAGGCCCUGAGGGUGGGGGCAGAGCCUCUCUGAAGUGGGAAACCUCCCCUUGAGGUUCCCCUGAUUUGUUAUCCAGACAGGUUCCUUAGAGGAGGACAAUAGGUAGCUCUGUGAGGAACCUCGCAGGCAGUGUGGCCCUGUCUCCCAGCCUGCACUGGCUGAAACCUUGGGGCUUUUCCUGGGCUUAUUUGGAGCAGGGCCAGACCUAAAUAGUCUGAAGUACCUCUGCCUGUUCUCCCCUCUGCUUCUUCCAGGAGCAGGUCUAGCCUCAACUUCCCCAGUUGGUGGUAAGAGGUUGGGAGUUGAGUCAGAGGCCACAGAGUCCCAUCACUGACCAAGGAAUUCUUUUGGAUGAGUAGCAUGCUACAGUAGCUGAGACUGGAGGGUUUCCACACUUCCUCUCACAGUGCUUUCUGCCUGGGUUCCAAGUCCUCUGUCUAAUCCCAGGUCCAACCUCAGCAUGCUUUCCAACAGGGGCCUCUGUUUCACACAUUAUUGUUUUCUGCUUUGGAGAGGGGAGGGUCCUGAGCCCUGAACAAAACUAGCUCCCUGCCCAUCUGCCAGACCUUCACUGGCUGCCCAGCCUCGGGCUGGCAGGGAGGGGGACACAUUCCCCAAAGGCUCCUGGAGACCAAUACCCUUUCAUGGCUGGGGUGGAAACCUCAUUUGAAUGAGAAUCAGAUCUUUUCUUUCUCUGUGGGUGAGUCUGAACCUUGGCCUCACUAGCACCAGCUGUAUUGGAUGGCAGAUCUGUGGAGGCUCUGUGUGCUUCUUGGUGCCCCCCUUCCCCUUUUCUGUAUAUCGUGGCUGCUAUCAAUAUCCUUCCCCUAAGUGUGGCUUCCCCAGGCUCUGGGGACCCCUUUGCUCCCAGCUGCACCAUGUCCCCACAGCCCUUCAGGUUCCUUGCCUCUGACAGCCCUGCUUUUAUCUACCAUUUGAGUAUGGGGAAGACCUGAGGGCCACACUCAGAUCCUCAAGGGCGGCUCCAGCUAGGGGCCCACUCUGCAUCCCUUCUCAGCCCUGAUUCUAGUUCCCACUGCCCAGGACCUUCAGCCAGGCUAGGCCCCCAUCUUUCAGCUCUGCUGCUGCUGCCACUGGUGGCUAAGAGGUAAUCUCUUUUCCUGAGAGCCAUCUAGAAGGGACAAAGAAAUCACGAGGCCUCCCCUGUAGGAUGGGGCAAGGUGGCAGGUUACCCCUAGGAUCUCUACUCAGACCCUGCCCUUCCCAGUCCAGACUCCCUGAACAACUGGCCAGGAGGUGCCAGAUAUCCUUCCUCCACCUGGCUGCUCAAGGGGCAGCUGCUAUCCAAUUACUGGCAACCUGAUUAUUGGCCAUGGCCAGAGCCUUUGAACUCUGAGCAUUCAUGUGUGGCCUCCAUGGCCUUGAGUUUUGCAUUGUCAGUCACCUGCAGGUAGGGAGGAGGGUAUGGGCUCUGGAGAUGGUAUCUUCGGAAUUUCUUAGGAAAGUUCAGCCCUGUGGGAGUUCAGGUCAUUGCUUGGGCCUGUGCUGUGAAAUUUUGCAGGGGGACAGGAACGAACGAUGCAUCUACUGCCUAGUCUGUCUCCUUGGGCAGUCCCCUAAGGCUCUCACCAUUGCUCCUUUUGUGACUCUUGGAAUGGGAAAAGGCAUGGCGUUGAGAAUGUGAUCUCAGAAUGAUCCUGGCAGCAGAAAGACCUGGUGGUGAGCACAGAGUGGUAAGACUGUGUGCCCAUAUGUACAGGUCUGGGAUCUGGGGUCAAAGCCUGGCUACUGACCAGCCUUUGUGGUCACAGGUGUUGAGAAUGUCACCAUUCAGCUGGACCUAAAGGAUGCCUUUUAGUUUACCCACCUCAUCAUGACUUUCAAGGCGACCCAGUGCUCCAGCAUGGGGGCUUGUUCUCUGCCUCCUGACCUGAUGGCCAUCAGUGAUGGUUGCCCCUGGUGUCCCAAGGACCCCCCCCUUCCCCCCCACCUCCUGUUCCCCGGACAGUCCACCCAGCGGCUCUGCUCCUUGAGCACUCAAAGGACCAUGGUUAUUCCCUUUUUUUUUUUUUUUUUUUUUUUUUUUGGUCUUUUUGCCAUUUCUUGGGCCGCUCCCUCGGCGGCAUAUGGAGGUUCCCAGGCUAGGGGUCCAAUCAGAGCUCCAGCCGCCGGCCUACUCCAGAGCCACAGCAAGGUGGGAUCCGAGCCGCGUCUGCGACCUACACCACAGCUCACAGCAACGCCGGAUCCUUCACCCACUGAGCAAGGCCAGGGAUCGAACCCGCAACCUCAUGGUUCCUAGUCGGAUUCAUUAACCACUAAGCCACAACGGGAACUCCCAUAGUUAUUCCUGACACGUGUACCACUACUUUGCCCAUGACUGCUCAGGACUUUCCUGGGAUCCUUCCUGCCCCUGGCUACAGAGUGACCUUGUCUGUGACCAGUGUUACUCAGACAUCAAGCCUUCCAUUGAAGGAGAGUGGGUAGGAGGGUUGGGCUCGCUUCUUCACAGGUAAUUUUCAAGGUUCUGGACCCAGCCAUUCUUGUGGAGAGCCCAAACAACCCCAAGAUUCAGGAUAAUUAUCCCCACAGCCAGUCCUGUACCCCUGUGUCAACAAAAUGAGAUAAUUUCUGGAGGUGGGUUGUGAUCCUGCCUGGGUAUGUGUACCAGUGGUGUAGGGUGGCAGGCAAGUCAGUUCAGUCCUCUAAGGAUUGUUCCCCAGCUCUGACCCAUCAUGGUCCUCUGUUGUCCCUGUUAUUGCUUUCCAGUACUGUUCCUGAUGCCUAUGCCCAGUGCAUGGGGACUGGCCUUAUGGGUAGCAGUUUUCAUCUCUGUCCCUUAUAGUUCCCUCAUCACUGAAUUCCUUUGUGAGGCCCCACUUUGAUCCUCAAUACUGCUGUCCAUGCCAGCCCAAUAGCUGACCCCAUCUCUGUCCCAUCACUGUACCUCAUAACUCUCUGUAAGCCACUGUCAUAGUUCCCCAUCAUUCCACCAUCAUUAUCACCUGUUGCUGCCCUUUGCCCUUUGAUUCAUCACCUGGCCUUAACUGGUACCCCAUGUCCCUAAGCCUCCUCCAUAUGGCACCAGGGCAUUGCUGCAUGUGACCUCUUUCUUGUCAAGAAGAAGUGUUGUUAAACAAGAGAGACAUAAUCGAGACUCAGCAGGGCAGCCCAGAGCCAGUACGGGAGAGUACCAGAACAGGAGGACAGACUCCAAACUAGCUUUUUCUCUAUGUUCUCCACUCACCUUGACUUGGAUCAUUACUAGCUACUCACCUGGACACCUACCCACCCCUCCCCCAUUCUGGAGCAGCUGUUGCGUGUUUCUCCAAUCAAAAGGGGAGCUCUGGCAAAGGGAUACAGGAGGUGGCUUGGUAGCUGACUUGAGCUGUGUAGAGAAAAAGGAGCCACAGACCAUGGUUUUCUAUCCAUGUGUUCAUUUAACAAGUGCCCAUGGAGCCCCACUGUGUGCCAGGCAUCUUCUGGGCAGUGCCCAGUGGGAAGCAGAUAAAGGAGUUAUUUGUUUUGGAACUGACAGGAAAAUGAGAAAGGCAGUCAAUAAAUAAGCUAACAAACAAA